AUGGACGAGGAUACGAAGUUGUACUUUGAUGUGAACGAGAAGAUCAGGUUCCGGGUUGAGCAAGAGGUGUUUGUAGAUGUGAAGCCCAAGUCGCCGCGGGAGAAGGAGAUUGAGGAGCAGCUGAGGGCCAAGGAGGAGCUUACGGAGGAGGAGAAGCGGAUUCUUGAGAAGCCUCCUGCGUAUGCGUUGCUGGGCAGUUGUCAGACGGACGGGAUGGGUCUUGUGUCGUGGUGGGAGUAG